ACCGGCUGUUAAUAUCUAAAGCCGGAGCCGGCUAUCCAGCGUAUUUUUUUUUUUUUUUUGGGGGGGGGGGGUCUACGCAGGUUUACGCGUGACAAGAUCGACAAUGCGAAUGAAUGACCGACACGGGGCCGCGCAAUAUACUGGCGGAUGGUCACGACAAACAUAGCCUGGGCCGGUCAUGCGAAGAGACUCUCCAACCUUCAAGCUGUUCAGGCAACAGCCAGUUCAUGGUGCUAUCAUCGUGGGAGGGACCGGGGGGUAACGAGUAUCUGAAACACGCCUUGACGGUUGGGAUGGAGUUGUAGUGACGGGCUGUUUAGAGCACUGGGACGCGAAAAGAAAGCGACCGAGACUAGAAAAGAGAGAAAAAAAUAAGAUUAAACUAAAACAAAAAGAGAGUCC